AUGUACAUGCCGAGUUCACGAUGGACGUGGUCGUUCCUGAUGAUCGCCGUUUGUCAAGCAGCUGUCGGUCUGGGCCUUGAAGGCUAUGUCUUUGCCAAAUUCCAAAUCUCACUCGCCCCUCAGGCGCGAAAGACGACACAAUCACGAACCAUUCCCACCUACCUCGCCCUUUUCAUUUUCGGAUUCAUCUACCAACUUGCGCUCGUCUGGGACGCUUUGCGCUUGAAAAACACAAUUCAAGUCAUUGGACUUUGUCUCUACAAUCUUGGUCUGCUCGUAUAUGCUGCAGUCCAGUACGAUCAGAUCGAUCGUGCUGUCGACGUCCUGGACAUAGCGCGUGAGAUCAGACCCGACUUUGGCCAUGAUGUGAAGCCUUUCCUCGUUGCUGUGCCUUGCGUUCUUGCGCUGGGAACAGUUGCAUUCAGUAUCGUAGCAUGGAAGCUAUAUGACGAAUUUGCUUGGACCAUCUACAAACACAUCUCGGCAGACUUGCGCUUGAAGAGACGCUACCUUGUUUACCAGAUUUACAUUGCCCUCCUCAAGUUCGACUUUUUCUUCUUCCUUGGAUUUACAGUACAAUUCGUCGUUGUGGUCCGUGAACACACAUCUGACAUCGAAUUCGCCCUCACCAUCGCCGCUAUCCCCGUCACGAUUGCUAUCCUUCUCGCGGCCGCUUGGUUCACCCGACGAGAAUCGACAUUGGGAAUGUGCAGCACAAUCGUUCUGUAUUUUGCUGCCAUGGCCUAUUUCCUAUUCAAGCUGGUGCGCAUGUACGAUUCGAGCAACCCAGAGAGAGUGGCCGAUUACGAACCUGCGCGGAAGAGUUUGACCACUUUUGCCGUCAUCACACUUCUAUUGUUGAUUCUCACCAUCGUAAAUUGCGCAUGGUGUACGGCCAACUUCAACAAAGGCUUGAAGCCUCACAUCCAGCGACGAAGAGUUAUUGGCGUCGAGGAUAAGGGCUACUCUUAUGAAGGAAGGCAUGGAUCCCUGGGAGGAGCACAUGCCAUGGGAGCAGUGCCCUCGCGAAUGACGAUUGAUUGA